CUAACAGUGGAGCCAAUAUAAAUUAACAUAUGUUAAUGGAUUAACAGCGAUUGUGCUAUAUGUUAUAUACCAUACUGUGACUGCUGUUAUUACUGGUCGUUGUGCAUCUAUUUUUUUUUUUCAAAGUCAUAAUGCUUUUCUUAUUAGAAAAGCUCAACUGGAAAAUCGAUUUAAUUUCUUUCAACGAAUUACCAAAAUUAAGUGAUGAAAAAUAGAUAUAACUAUUAUAAAAAUACCUAAAAUAUAUCUAUAUACCCAAAAUUAUUUUGAAAUGUUUGAGUACUUUAAAAUUUUAUGGAAAUAAUUUGCAGAAAAAUUGUUCCAAACAUCGCCGUACUUUACGAUUUAUAGGCGAAGUUUAUUGAAAUUGAAGCAUGCCAAACUUUUAGAGAGCUUUUAAGACAAAGAAUUGAGCUUUUACAGUAUUUUAAGUGUUUGGAGGUUAGGUCAGAAAUUAGAGAAUCAGAAAGCCUACAUUUUUCUAACAAUUGUCUGUGAUUUAGAAUCUUUUAUUUUUUAUCGAGUAACCUUAUAAAAAUACGAAUGUCACAGACUGCCGAAUUUAAAAGCAAAAAUGUUGGUCUAGGAAAAUAAUUAUGUGAAAAGGGUACUUGUUAAUAAGACCAUUCUUUUUUUAUCUUACUCAAAAGUAACUUCAUUGUUGCUAGAACUGUAAGUAUGCCUGGAUUUAGGAGAGCAUUUAAGUAGAAAAGCUCCUCUAUCAAUCUAAAAAGAUCCAAGUUCCAAACCUUUCAUUACUAUAGUUCCUCUAGAUCAUUAUUUUCUGGAAAAAUAUUUGUUAUUAGCUUCACUGAAGGGUUAGGUAAAUCAUUUCAUAGUUUCCAAAUUUUGUAGUAUACAAACUUUUAUAAUUGUCAAAAAUUUGAAAUUCUCUUCGAGCAUAAGCUCCAGCAACUACAGACUUAGUAUCUUUUUUCUAUACUAUUUUCUAGGAGAAUGCGUUUAAAUUCUUAUACAGAGGCUAUAAAAUACAAAUAUGUAUGUAUGUAUGUAUCCAAAGGGCAAAUCCACAUCAUUUCCCUACUUCAUGAGUCACAUCAGGCCAAAUACAAAACAAAAAUACCACUAGAAGCUAAAUUUAGGCUUUGGAAGACACGCAAUGAUAAGCUAAACCGCUAAACCUAAUCCAGAGCUAAAUUAUAUACAUAUGCUUGUUAUUUCCGUGCUUCAUUGGAGAGCAACUUGUCUCUCAUAUUGGUCGCCUCUGGAACUAUUGGGGUUCUGGAUGUUACAAGAUUGUUGGAUGCUAGCAGAGAUCACUGAAGAUCUGGACCCAAGUGUUCACUAAAAUAGACACGCUUAAGUGUUAUAAUAUAUUAUAGCUAUUUGGUAAUUAGAAUUUCUCUGUGUUGUAUGCCGAUUAGUGUAGUUACAUAAUAUAUUUGUCACUAGGCUUGCAUUUAAUACAUUCGUUUACAUAACCUUCAAGUGCAAUCCGCCAUAAAGAGGAAGUGUAAUUAAACUUUCUACGUCGCUAAUUAAAAUGCUAACUCAUAAGCCGACUAGGCACGAUUCAAAUGCGCAAAUCGGCUGGCUUAGAAUUGAAAAUCGACAAGAAUCGAAAGCAACCAAUCAAUUUCUGCAUUUCAUAGACAGCCAAUGUGCGAUUUAUGGCGAGCAGCACGAAAGCCGAGACUCAAACGCUGAGCGCAGCGCACAGAACGCACCGUUUGUUGGUAUUGUUGUUACACAUUUGUAAACGCACUCUUCGCGCCCCAACAAUGCCGGCAGGCAGUCCAACAGUCCAUUGAAAGGCUGCCAAUGAUGGGGCUGCUGCUGUUAUGCUGACUUGACUUGACGACCGCUGUUGCGCGCUUCGUUGCUGCUCUCUUCGGCUGCCUUGUUCGCACUCAUUUGGCUGAUGGAUUACUACCAGCGCGCCGAUAUGCUGCUCUUUAUGUUUUACUUUUGCUUUUUCUUGGUUUUGGUUUUAGUUUUUGCUUUUGUCGUUGAUAUAAUAUAUUUUUUAGCACUGGCAUAUCUGUUCGCCUGUGCUGAGUGUAUGCCGCUUUCGGGGGUUCCGCUGUUGCUGCCCCCACUGCUGCUGCUAUGACUGUUGUCGCUCUUGCCGCCCAGCCGACCACACCAUGCCAUCGCACCACUCUUUGCUCUUUACCCGGUGUCGGCUCUGCUUUUGUUUAUAUCUCUACGCUUGGCGCUUGUGCUUCGUCGACGAUGAAUUCGGUUUUUGCGUUGCUGGUGCUCUACUAUGGUGCGGCGGCGAGUAUGGAUAACAGCAGCCAGUGAGCGAUGAGUGGUGAGCAGCGCGAAGCGCGGUGCUGGUGGACAGCAACAACAUACUAGGCGCACAAACACACACAUACCGGCACUCAGCCGAGUCACUGUGUGUGGAUUAGCUGAUGGUAUGCGCUGUUGUUGCUGGCAAUGCUUGCUGUUGCUCUUGGUUCGGCGCUGGUCGCUUUGUUGGUUGACUUUUGCUUGCUUUUGCUUUAAUUUUCUGUUGUUUCUACUAAUACCACCACAACAACGAGUACAGCGACGACUACUGGCGCUGUUGCUGGUGCUGCUGCUGCUGCUGAGUGCUUGGGUUGGCCUGACUGACUCGACUUGACUUGGCUUUGGCGCUGGUGUUGGUGUUGGCUGGCUCGUCGUCUGGUCUGCUGUCGGCGCAGACGGUCCGGUCUGCUCUGGUCUCUGGUGUGGUCUGCUCUGCAGUUGCGUUCGCGUUUCGAAAAUAGUUACAAGAUGUUCAUCGAAGUGAAUAGAACGUCUGAACGGGUGUUGGACUAACUAACUAACCAGCCAGCUAGUCAGCGCCAAGCAAACAAACAGCAAGCUGUUAAGUCCGCGUACACCGCCGCGCGUUGCCUUACAAUUGAAGUGUAGUGAAGUGAAAAACUCUCGGCUGUUGCUUUUAUUUUUCUUUUCUUUUUGGUGUUGUUUUUGUCGUUCAUUCUUACUUUUACUAUGCGGUUCUGUGUUGAACCAAGUGCCUGCGCCGCUGUGUAAGUGUAUGCGUGCGUGUGUGUAGUGUGGUGUGGUGUGUUGAGUGGGAUCUGCAUUUCAGAGUCACAGAGUCGUCUAUACUGUGCUGUCUGCUGGCCACUCAUUUCAGUUCGGCAGCAACAUCCGCAGCAGCCGAACCAGCGAAUUUCAAAGUCGCCUCUUCAAUUCAACCCCCAACGCAAACGCAGACAGUGCGCUAAUUUUGUGCGUUCGAAACGCCCCUAAGUAAGAACUAGUGCGCUCUAACAUACUUUUGGAAAACGAAAUGUAAUAAAAACAGAAAAAAAUUUAAAUAAAAUUAAGUUUAUCAAAAAAUAAAUAGAAAAUGGCAACAAAAAUUGCAUGUGAAAUGUUCGCAAAGAAAGCGCAAAAAUAAAAGUGAAAUGUAAAUGGAAAAGCACCAAAAUUAGAAUUAUUUUCUUCUAGUUCUAGUUGUGUGGAAGCAGUGUAGCCAAAAAAGCACAAAACAAACCGAAUAAAUAAAAUAAAAAAAUUAAAGAAAAAAAACAAAUGCAAAUAGUAUUACUUAAUAAGCAACACCAAAACGGCUUUAUCAAACAAAAAAACAAUAAAAUUGAUUUUAAUUAAAAACUGCAAUAAGAACACAGAACGACGGAAGUGAAGUGCACAAAAAAAUAAAUAAAUCAACAGAAAAAGUGUUUAAAAGCAAAAAACCAAACAAAAAGUUACAUACAAAACAGCACAAGCAAGAAGUGAAAAUAUAUUUAAAAAAUAACUGCAUUUGAAAAUAUAAAAAAUUCUGAAACAAUAGCAGUUCUAAAUUAGUGGAAACUCAAUGAACGAAAAAGUGACUGUGAAACCCAGUUUAAAAUUCUAACAACUUCACAUACAAAAACAACAAAGUGUUAAAAAGUUUGUAAAAAAAUAUGCAUGUGAAAUGUAUAUGCUAAAGCAACAACUAUUUUAUGAUGAAACAGUGAAAUAACAGCAUAAAAAUUCAUAUUUUAAAAAGCAGAUUCAAUUUUUGUAAACAAAAUAAAAACAAACGCCAAAUAAACCAAUCGAAGUGCCAAAAGUGUGUGUCAAAACAAAAAGCAAGCAUUAACAAUUCCACGGCAAAUAUUUUCGGAAUUCCGUUUUUAUAAAUAAACAUAUAAAUAUAUCAAUUUGUGCGCAUAGCACACUGACUCACACAUACAUUCGCGUUUAUUGGAGAUAUUACUUUAUUACAACUGCAUUUAUAUACAUACAUACAUAUAUUUUAUGUAUAAAGUUAUUCAAAUAACGGAUAUAGUCUUUUGUGAGACGAAAAAUUGAAAGAGAACUUUGUUAUAUACCUACUAUAUAUAUAUAUAUAUUUUGUAUACAAAAACAGCCAAUUUUAUGAGGAGGAUCUAAACUAUUCAACUUAAAAAUAAGUUUAUACAAAUUUUGCAUUCUACCAAACUACACACACGAACAUGCUAAUUCAACUGACAACUAAAUGAUGCAAACUAAUCUGCCUUUAAACCAGCGCCAAUAGUGUGUUGCAAAGCAGCAACGAAAGCUACUUACAUCCCGAUAGGCUUGGUUAGAAAAUCAAGUUAUGGAACUGCCCUCGAUGGUACAACGCUCCGGCGACACACUUAUAGUGCGUAGUGUCGUCAGUGGCAAUCAAUUGUACUUGGAUCAGGGUGCUGCUUCCACAAAUAAUCUAAACAACAACAAACACAGUAGUCCUUCACCACUGCAGCAACAACAGCAACAGUCGAUUAACGCCGCAAACUUAUCAAAUAGCACGUUGGAACAAUUCGAACGUUAUCGGGCUGCAGCGGCGCAAUAUCAUCUACAACAACAACAACAUCAAAAUGCUGCACAACAGCAACAAAAUGCUGCAUCUGCCUCAGCUGUAGCGCAACAACAGGCGAUGGAACUAAAAGAUGAGGGGCUUCCACAAUGUAAAAUCAAGCGAAAUUACAGCUGUAGUUACUGCACAUAUUUCACACAGAAUCCGCGUUAUCACCUAACCCAUCUGCGCGAUGUACAUGGUGAAAAAAUUGUCAUCAAUAAGUGCAAGUUGUGUUUGUACGCGUCGCGACAUUUCCAAAAGUUGGUGCGACACAUGAAAAUGGUGCACGGCUGCACCGAUGGUGUGACCGGUGGUCAUGGACAGCCGCGUGGCAAACGCGGUAUGAGUCGAGAGGCACGCAAACGAAAACUGGAGCAAAGUGUUGGUCUGGGAAGUGCGCCUUUGGAAAUGAACAGCGGCGGUAGUAAUAUGGGAAUGACAGAAGGCAUGCCAACUUAUGAGCAGGUGAAACGCGAACUGGAACUGCAACGCGAAUCUCUCAUGGCCGUUGUCUAUGAACGGGAAUUGCAAGCACAACGUGAACGUGAGCUUGAAGUCCGUCAGCAAGCACAAAACGCCUACGAACAAGAAAUGCAAGCAGCAAACGCUGCUGCAGCUACGGAAACACAACGCCGUCAAUCGCCAAUAAAUACAAUAAACAAUAAUAGCAACAAUGCCAAUGUCAUUACAAACGGUAGUAGCAAUAGCGUCAUUAAUAGCCAAAACGAAUUUCAAUUGCCACCCGCGCAUCAGCCACCGCUUAAUAUCAACACCCACAGCAUCGAGUUGUCUUCAUCACCCACCGAUUCGGUUUCAUCGGGACAAGGUACUGAUGCUGCUACCUCAGCAGCAUUGCACUCCAGUGGCGUAUCAUUGUCAUAUGUAGGCGAUGAACCCUCACAGAAUAGGCUCUUGAAGUGCAGCCUCUGCGAUUUCACAACCUUAUUCCGCGCUCAAUUAUUAGACCAUGAAAUGGAUGAGCAUUGUAAAACGAAAUUCUUCCGCUGUGAGAAGUGUUCGUAUGUAACACAUAUAAAGGCUCGUUUUAGCAAACAUGUUAAAUAUCACUCAAUGCCUAUGAUUAAGUGCGUCACUUGCGAUUUUCGCACACCCUACAAAUGGAAUCUCGAUCGACAUAUGAAAAAUCAUGGUGGCGCUGGUCCAUUCAAGUGUGCCGCCUGCGAUUUCACAGCCGACAUCAAGCAAUCGCUGACUGUGCACGAAAUGAACCAUCAUGUGCCACCAGUGGGACAUGCAGCGGGCAUGUCGUUGGCGCGUCGCCGCAACAAAGUCGGUGGUACGGACUUAUGCGAUGAUUUCCUUAGCGAUUCUGUAGAUUUAAUAGAAGAUCAUUACAAUAAUAAUAAUAUCGACGAGUACGAUGAAGCUUUGAUGACCGCGGAACCAUAUAGUAAACGUAGUAAAUACGACGACGACGAACCCACCGACUUGUCGGCGAAAGGCGGCUCCUCCGACACAUCUUCCGUGCAUAAUCAAAGUGUGAGUUUAGCACAAACGCCAAAGGCAAAGCGACCAAUACCGAAUCUCAUUCCGAUACCGAAAAAUACCGGAUCAAGCAUUAUGAACCUUUCCAAGGAGUUUGCCGCACCGCGCAGCUCUCUUACUGAUAUCGCUUCCAUUUUCCUCAAUGACAAACAUAUUUCCGAAAUACUGGAGAAAACGGAUGCCGCCCAAUUGUCACCCACCCCCACCGUCGCGUCCACUUCAAGUCACGCCUCACGUAGUUUAUUGCUGAAGAAAUCCACACCUGGUGGCAGCUUUUUCGACAAACUAAAGUCCUCUGCCUUGACAGGACCGAAUGAAAAUCUUAUCUGCCCUUGCGGUCAUAUGGCAAAAUGCUUAUCCGAAUCGAUAAUACAUCGUAAAACUUGCAACUUCGCCGCAAUCGCCGAAGAUGACAUCGAAGAGGAGCAGGAUGAUGCUGAUGAUCGUUUGGAAAUCGAUUUUGCCGAUGACGAUGAUCGGCAGUCACAUUCGGCACUGAAUUUGAGUGUAACAGGUUCGACACGUUGUCAGCAUUGUCGCCACCGUUGCAAAUCGUCGGCAGAUCUAUUGAAUCAUCUCAAACAAUGCACAGAAGCGAGUCGUUGCGGUAAUGAUUCAUUUGAUUCACUCUCUGGUGAGAGCAAUGGUGGGCGUGUUGGUUGCGCUGAUUCCAAUACUGAACAGCAUCCCAUGGAGAAUCGUGUAUUUAUUUGGAAUAAAAUUCCGGGUGGUGAGCCGCGACAACGUGAAGGCAGCCAAUGCUCAGAUAGCCGCGGACAAGCCAACAACACAAUGGAGUCUUCCGGCAGCAGUGGGCAUGGCACCAGUAGUGCCACAUGUGAGGAGAACAGUUAUUAUGGUGUUGAAACGGCACCAGGUUAUGGUGAGGUAACGAAAAAGAUGACACCCGAAGAAGAAGCAGCUAAUUCUUCAUUGAAAAAGGUAUACAAAUGUCCACACUGUUCCUUCUGGGCUUCCACAGCAUCCCGCUUUCACGUACACAUCGUGGGUCAUUUGAAUAAGAAACCGUUUGAAUGCUCGCUCUGCUCGUACCGUUCCAAUUGGCGUUGGGAUAUAACAAAGCACAUACGCCUAAAGACCAUACGCGAUCCCAGUCACAAGAAUGCACGUGUCUUGAUGAAUGACGAGACCGGUCGUCGCAACUAUACCAAAUACAAUAAAUAUAUAACAUUGAUGAAAGUAACCGAAGAAGACGGUGAUCCAAAACUAAUGAAAUCGGGCGAGAUGACACCCAAUCAGGUCGCUUCGCUUUCCUUCAUCAAUGACUUUAACAAAGGUGUGGUGCCGAAUGCAUUGACAUCCACACAUUUGAAUGGCAUAAAGGAGGACAUAACCCUCGAACCAAUACCCUCCAAAUCAAGCAAUGGCGGUAGUGGCAAUAAUAGUGGUGAUCAAUUAAACGAGAGUUUCAUACGUAUACCUUUCCUUGCUACGAUGAUGAAUGCUGCUAUGGCACAACAACAACAUCAGCAGCAGAAGGAUUCGGAUCAAGGACAAGCAACCAUGAUUACACCUUCAGUUACGAUUUCGGCGGUGAAACGUUCGCCACCGCCGCUCAUGAAGCCAAGUGAUGAUCUCGUCACGGACGUACGACAGGAAGGGAAUGAGAAGAAAACUUUCUAUCGUUGCCGUAAAUGCAGUUUUCGGCAUACCAAUCGCGAUGCGGUACUCGCCCACGUCAAAAUACACUAUCAGGAUGCCAAUUACCCGAUUGUAACAGCAACAGCAACAACCUCGCCGAAAUCGGCGAAUGCGCAACAACAACACAACACACCACUUCAAGUGGCUGUGAAUCCAAAUAUUUAUAUGAACAAAGUUCUCGCCGCAAUGUGCCUUUCCCAACAACCUAAUUCGAGUACACCAACCAACAACAAUAAUAAUGAUCAACAGCAUUCCAUAAUAUCUGCCGGCCUACUACAACAAGCUAUACAGGGUGCCUCACCUAAUUCACCACUCGGCUGUUUAGCACUAACACUCGCCGGCAAGAGUCCAGCAAAAGCAACUGCUUCUAUUUUAGAGCACGGUGAGCAGAAAGCGACACAAAACGAGGCAAGUGCCACAAGGCCUACGUCGCCCAAACAACAACAACAACACAGCAACAAUCAAAAUAAUAUAAGCAUAGCGAAUUUGGCGUCGUCAUCAGCGACAUCGCCGUCUCCCAAGUCCUCUGGCAGCAGUAAUGCCAACGGUGGUGUUGGUAUGGUCGGUACGCCCACAUCAGCAUCAUCGUUGCAGCACUUGUUGACCUCACCGCGCGGCACUUACACAUCAUCAUCCAAUUCAUCAUUACGCAAUCCCGUGCAUUCGCCUACAGCAAUCAGCAACAACAACAACAAUGGUGGUAGUGGUGUUACUAAUAACAAUAAUAACAAUAAAAAUUUGGUUAUGGGUGCUUUAGCAGUUAUGAAACACAACAGCGCCGCAACGAAUACAAAUGACAGUGUAUUUGGUUCACCGACGAGCGCAAACGCAGCAACAGAUGCAAAUUCCACAUCAUCAUCAUCAUCGGUGCUAGCAUCACCGAAUGCUGGUGCAGCACAACACAAUACACCCAGUGGCACAACAGUAACUACACUUUCAACUACUCCUUGCAAUUCUACAGCAGCCAUUGGUGGUGUAAAAAGCGCUAACAACAAUCCAUAUCAUUUGCAAAUGGGUCUCAUCGGUGCUACAUCUAUGUCCAACAAUCAUAAUGGUGGUAGUGGUAGUGUUGUUGGUGGUGGUGGUGGUGGUGUCAUUGCUAGUCAAAUGACUCAUAGUGAUAAUAAGAAUAGUCUAUGUAUUGGUGGUAUUAUAUUUGGUUCUAAUAAUCCUACUACUACUACUACUUCUACUAGUUUAAUUCGCAAUACUUCCAUACCUACUACUACAAAUUCAACAACAACAUUAGCUAGCAGUCCCACAACUGCUGGCCAUUCUAGUGGUGGUGCAUCAUCAUCAACUUCAUGUAAUUUGUUAUUAAGUUCGGCUCAGUCGGCAACAGCGGCGGCGGCGGCAGCAGCGGCAGCAGCUCUUUAUGCUUCCAAUGCGAUCACAUUGUCACCGCCAUCGGCAUCGUCGUGUAUUUCGGCAAAUGCAAAUGCAACAGCAAACAAUUUCAAUAAUCUCACACAAAAUCUCAAUCAAAGUCAAAAUAACAAUUGUAGUAAUUUAUUAGUAAACGACAGCGAGCGACGUGAACCGUCGCCGUAUCGUUGCGGUCAUUGUCAUCAAGUAUCGAAUUGGAAGCAUGUCAUUCAGCGGCAUUGUCGCUUGAAACACGCUGGCGACAUACGCAUCGAAACCCUUGAUCGCAGCGUCAACAGCAACGAACGCAACGCGCCGCCCGUCUAUCGACCGCUCGGCAAUGGCGCCACGAAUGAGUCCAAUUACGGGCAAACACUUAAAGCUUUACAACAACAACAACACCUGCAGCAGCAACAACAUCAACAGCAGCAAUCACCACAUCUGAACAACAUGUCGGGUCCGCCGGGCAACUCUGUACUUAUGAGCAACAACAAAAACGAACAGCACCUAUUGCAUUCGCCACUGGCCGGCACCGCUGCCGCCAAUGCCGCGACCACACCGCAAGAAUUGCAACAAGCUGCCGCGGCUUACAUAGCCGCCACAUAUAAGGCUGCAGCAGCAGCGGCCAAUUCAGCGGGCAACGGUUCGGCGGCAGCAGCCGUUGCCGCAGCUGCUGCGCUUGGCCUCAGCAGCGAGGAUUUGCUGUUGCACCAACAAUUGCAGCAAAAUGAUCAAAUUGAAAUAACGCGCUUGCCGCCAGGUGUUGGCAACUCAGCUGCCGGGCAAUCGUCACAAUCGUCGCAGGCACAACAGCCGCAGCAGCAGCAACAACAACAACAGCAAUUGAAUUCCAAAUGCAAGCAGCAAAAAUGUCCAAUGUGUCCUUACAUCUCGGAGAGUAAGUCGCAAAUGAACUAUCACAUCUCGUUGCAUAAGCCGACGCAGUACGAGUGUUCGUUGUGCACCUUCGUCUGCGCCAAGAAACAACAUUUGAGCAGCCACAUGCGCACCGUACAUCAGCAACACAAUUUGGGCGCGUCCAAUCAAAUGAGCAACAGCAUAAGCGCCGCCAUCAAUUCCAUGGACUUCAGCAUGGCCCUUCAACUGGCUGCCGUCGCACAGGCGCAACAGGACCCCUCAUCAUUGAACUCGCCUCUGGCUAUAGAUCUGACAGCUUUGAAGCAGAAAAUUUCUGCUGUUCAACAGCAACAACAACAGCAACGCCAAUCACAGCAAACAGCUGCACUUAACACCCUACAACAACAACACCUCCACAUAAAUGCACAAUCUGCUGCCGAAAACCAAAUUAAGUGCAUCCUUUAUUGCCCCAAAUGUCCCGCGCGCUACAUGCAAAAAUACACUGACACCUCCAAUGCCAAAGCGGAAUUGGAGGAUCACCUGAAGUACCACAGCGGCAGCGAUACAAUGACACGAAUGGGCAACAGCAAGCAAACCGCCGCACCCGCCUUCAAAUGUGAAUUCUGCGAUUAUGCCGCCGCACACGAAGCUUACAUACAGAAACACCGUUAUGUGCACACACAAAGCUAUCAGGACAAGUGUGCCGAGCUGUACAAGCAAGUGCACGAGGAUGCCGAAUAUGCGCCGCCAAAACUUAUGCAAAUCACCCUAGCCAAGAGUUUGCAACAAGCGCCCGAAACCAUCUGGAUUGUCGACAAUGACUUGAAUGAGCAGUGCAAGGAGCAGCAACAACAACAUGCCAGCAUAUCCUCCUCAUCCGUCGCGCCAGCAACAAUGAACGCAGUAGCUGCGACAACAAUGACAGCAACAGCGCACUUCGAUACCGCCAAUUCGUUGCUGAAAAAGCAGUUGGAGUCUGGUAUGGGCGGCAACAGUGCUGGGGUUGGUAGUACCGCAUUGCGCCACACACCUUCGCCGACGCACACGCCAAAGGAGCUGACUGCCGCCGAUGCGGAUGAUUCAUCGAAUAUGCCAUCGACCAGCGCCUCGGUGGCCACCAGCGAUUUGGCAGUAGAUGGCGGCAGCGAUUUCACCUCGAGCAUUGCAUCGCCGGCGCCAAUGGAGAAGUGCCUCUACUGCCCCUACGAGACGAAGCAUACCACGCUCUACAAGGCGCACUUGCAACAUCACAUCUGCAUUAGCAAUCAGAAGGAGGCUUUCACCUGCGAACAUUGCGACUACACGGAUGCCAAGCAAGAGCACAUUGAAGAGCACACACGCGUGCACUUCAAUGCAGUGGAAAAACUGAAAUCUGUGGCCUUCUUCACCUCCUAUGACAACUUGGAAUUGAGUGUGGAACAAGAGAGCGGCGCAGAUGAGAGUACGACAGCGGCAAUGACGUCGACCGAGCAAGAAUUAGAGGGUCAGAAUGAGCGACAAGCAGAAAACUCGAAGGCGCAGACCAGCUCCAGCGAAGCUCAGGACACCAUGCAAACUGAAAACGUCGCCGAUGUUUCGGCAAUGCUGCUGUUAAAUAUCAAACAGGAGCACAACAACAACAAUGAAGAGCAUGUCAUCAAUGAAAAUGUGCUGAAGGAGCAGCAAUUAUCGGCAGCAAGCGCACCGAAAGGUGGCAGCAGCAGCAGUGGCAGCGAUAUUAAAAUAAAGCUGGACAGCGAUGACAAAGCAAUGGAGAAAACAACAACAACAGUGGCGGAAAACAUGAAAAAGCCUUGCAACAAAAUUAUACUGUACAAAAAUGAUGGCUGCCUGAGCAUAAAGCGCGAAAAUACCUGCAACAGCAGCAACAACAAUAACAACAAUAAUGCUGGCGCCAACUGUGAGAAUAUCAGUGAUCGUUUGCGUCGCCGCAUAUCGCGUAACAACAGCAACAAUGCCAAUCAUUUAAAUGGUAAUGCAAAUAAUAAUAACAACAACAAUAUUAGUGAUGAACAAACCGUUGCUGCUGCUGGCUGUGGCAGCGGCGCACAGCCACCAAGCCAUAAAACCAUAUUAGUAAAUGCCAAAACGGGUCAGGUGAUUAGUCGGAAUUAAUACUUACGUGUGUAGUUAUGUGUGUAUGUAGUUCGAUAGUGGCUGCAGCCAUCAGCAUUUGAUGAAUGGAAGCAGGAAAAGUGAAUUGUUUUUGGAUUAAGUCGCAUUUUUUGCGGCGUCACGCGGAUUUGUACAAAACUGCAGAAAGUCUUUUGAAUUUAAUAUUUUUAAUAAUGAAAAUUGUGAACUGCAAGCACUCGCCGUGGUGUAUGUGAAAGUAAUUUGCUUAUUAUUAAUUAUGUGUAAUUUCGUUGCGAUUUUUUUAACCAUUUGAGGUUAACCGUUUAACUUUCCACGAUUUAAAUGGAUUCCGCAAUAAUUUGUGUGUUUUCGGUUCUUGUUGUUAUUGUACGUAUUGAAUUUUGUUUUUUUAAGAAAACCAAAUAAGUGUUAAUUACAAACAGAAAAAAAUGUUAUUUCAUAGUUAAUUAGUUGUAAGUGCGUCUUAAUUACAAUUUGUUGAAUCUACCGUAUCAAAAGUCGCUGUCUUCCAAAGCGCUUUGAGUUCUUUUUAUGUUAAUUUCUGCAAAAUAAUUUUUGUUCUUUUUUUUGGUUUUCUGAUUUGUGACACACAAUGCAUAUAAUAAUUAUAAAUAUUUUCUAGUUAUUAGUUUUUUAAUAAAAAUUAAU